AUGCAACCGACGGUGCGCAUCAUCUCUGGUGGGCGUGCUCCCACGGUACCCAAGUACCGGCACUCAUGUGACCGAUGCCAGAAGGUCAAGGUUAGGUGUAGUCAGGACAAGCCAAGAUGCACGCGAUGCGCCCAGAGAAAUCUUCGCUGUGUGUACAGCGAGUGGAGGGCUGUGGGCAGGCCCAAGACAAGACCCAACCCGCCUCGGCACGCCCCAGAGGAUUUCGAAGAGGGACCAGGGCGAAUUCGCGACCUUCCGCCCUUUGGAACUAUCGAGAGCGAAUCUAUCAGCUGGAGUGAGUAUCACCUCUUGAGACUACACUAA